GGUGCGCGGCGCGGCCACCCUCCCUUUUCUCGUGUGUCUUGCCCUCCCUGAGUACGCUAGGUGUCGGCGUCCUUGGCUGGCGUGAGGCCAAAGCAAAAAUGAGGAGUGGGAAGGCCUCUUGUGCGCUGGAGACCGUCUGGGAGGACAAGCACAAGUAUGAGGAAGCUGAGCGGCGCUUCCACGAGUAUGAGGCCAUGCAAGCCGCCGCCUCUGCCCAGCAGCUCCUGGCUGAAGUGCCAGCUGUGAACGGGCCCAGCCAGGAGGACGCCAAAGACGCCGAAGAGGCAGAGGCUCCUGACACCAGCAGCAGGAGUGAUCCUAGAAAGAGCCGCGAGUGCAGAAAGCCCCUGCAGAAGAAGAGGAAACGCUCCCCCAAGAGCUGGCUUGGCCAGACGGACCUGGCCCUUGUAGGCCUUUCAGCUGACCAUGUGUGGCUGGACAAACCACUUUUCGACCAGGCAGAAAGUUCUUACCGCCAGAAGCUAGCAGAUGUAGCUGCCCAGGCAGCCCGGCUGCCUCCCGUGGCCCCUCGGGGCCCCUGCACACAUGGGAGCCAUGUGGCCUGCCACCACGUGGCCUGGGGGAUCUGGGUCAACAAGUCUUGCUUUGACCAGGCUGAGCGGGCUUUUGUGGAGUGGUCUCAGGCCUUGCUACUGGCCGCCGAGGGGAGUUGCAGGCAGGGGGUUCCUGACACCGGUCAACAGGCAGCCACCCCUGACCUGGCCAUGGCCUGCCAGUCUUGCUUACCAGCCAAUGGUCAGCCCCCUCUAGGUAGCCUGCAGGCACUGGUGCGGGAGGUGUGGCUAGAGAAGCCCAGGUAUGACGCAGCUGAACGGGGCUUCUAUGAGGCCCUGUUUGAUGGCCACCCUCCAGGGAAAGUGCGCCUGCAGGAGCGAGCCAACCAAGCUGAGGGCGCCCGCAGGGGCCGCAGAGACCGGCGGAGCCGUAACGCUAUAGUAAACAAGCAGCGGGCCGGGCCACGGCGUGCGGAUGGGGAGGCCCCCCCUGCCUUGCCCUACUGGUACUUCCUGCACAAGGAUGCUGAGGCCCCCUGGCUCAGCAAGCCCACCUACGACAGCGCAGAGUGCCGCCACCAUGCUGCUGAGGCCCUACGCGUGGCUUGGCGCCUAGAAGCUGCCUCCUUGGCUCACCGAUCUGGGCCGCGGUCUGGCCCAUCCUUGUCCAGCUUAAGACCCAACAGAAAAAUGGCUACAAACUUUCUAGUGCAUGAGAAGAUCUGGUUUGACAAGUUCAAAUAUGAUGAUGCAGAAAGGAAAUUUUACGAGCAGAUGAACGGGCCUGUGGCUGGUACCCCUCGCCAGGAAAAUGGUGCCAGCGUGAUCCUCCGUGACAUUGCGAGAGCCAGAGAGAACAUCCAGAAAUCCCUGGCUGGACUCAAGGUUGCGCUGCCCAGCUCCCCUGAGGCCCUGAGCCAGGCUACUCCUGGGACUAGCUCAGGCCCCGGGGCCUCCAGUGGGCCUGGUGGAGAUCACAGUGAGCUCAUCGUGCGGAUUGCCAGCCUGGAAGUGGAGAACCAGAACCUGCGAGGCGUGGUGCAGGAUCUACAGCAAGCCAUCUCCAGGCUAGAGGCCCGGCUGAGCACCCUGGAGAAAAGCUCACCCACCCACCGAGCCACAGCCCCACAGACCCAGCACGUGUCGCCCAUGCGCCAAGUGGAGGCCCCAACCAAGAAGGCAGCCACACCAGCAGAAGACGAUGAGGACAAUGACAUUGACCUGUUUGGCAGCGAUGAAGAGGAAGAGGACAAAGAGACAGCCCGACUGCGGGAGGAGAGGCUACGGCAGUAUGCAGAGAAGAAGGCCAAGAAGCCCUCGCUGGUGGCCAAAUCCUCCAUCCUCCUAGAUGUCAAGCCCUGGGAUGACGAGACAGAUAUGGGCCAAUUGGAGGCUUGUGUGCGCUCCAUCCAGUUGGAUGGGCUAGUCUGGGGGGGCUCCAAGCUAGUGCCCGUGGGCUACGGUAUCCGCAAGCUACAGAUCCAGUGCGUGGUGGAAGAUGACAAAGUGGGCACUGAUUUGCUGGAAGAGGAGAUCACCAAGUUUGAGGAGCAUGUGCAGAGUGUUGACAUUGCAGCUUUCAACAAGAUCUGAAGCCCAAGCAUGUGUUCCAUGUGUGUGAGGCUCUGCUGCGAUUAAAGAUUGAGACUGCA